AAGGUCACCAGCAGCCGCCGGCCGCCACACGUGUUGGUUUGUUUACAUCGAUGGCGGCUGGAAGCCUGGCGUCCGAGGGGCUCCGUUUCUUCGCCUGGGGGGCGAACAGCCACGGGCAGCUGGGGCAGGGCCACCGGCAGGACCGGGUGGAGCCGGGGCAGGUGGAGGAGGGCGACCCCGCGGGCCGGGCCCUGCGGCGGCUGGCUGGGGGAGGUGGGCACUCCGUCCUGCUCACGGGCGCGGGACAGCUGCUGGUGUGCGGACAGAACCACAGAGGACAGCUGGGCCUGGGCCACACCAGAGAGGUCACGACCUUUCACCUCUGCCCCGGCCCCGGCGGGCAGGCGGUGGAGCAGGUGGCCUGCGGCUGGGAUUUCACUCUCCUCCUCACAGACAGGGGGACCCUCUAUUCUUGCGGCUCCAAUGCUUUUGGACAGCUUGGUGUUGGGCGGCCCCUAGCAGACAGCGCAGAGCCUCUGCAGAUCCAGUCUCUCUCUGAACGGGUGGUAGGACUGGCCGCGGGGCUCAGGCACGCACUGGCUGUCACAGGUUCGGGCCACGUGUUCCAGUGGGGGACGGGCCUGGCUGCUCAGGCUAAGCGGGCUCUGUGCCCGAACCCGGUGCCGGCACACCUGAAUGCCUGGGAACCCUGCCUGGUGCCAGGUCUGGACCAUGUGGCUCCCCGUGGGGUGGCAGCUGGGGCCUACCAUUGCGUCUGUCUCACAGCAGGGGGCGAUGUCUUCCUCUGGGGUAGUAAUAAGCACAAGCAGCUGUGUGUCUCUCUGCCUUUCCUGCCCCUGCCCCGGUGUGUGGACCGAGCCCUGCUGGGCGGGGGGCCGGCGACGGCCGUGUGGAGUGGGUGGACACACCUGGUUGCCCGGACAGACAGCGGCCGGGUCUUCAGCUGGGGCAGGGCGGACUACGGGCAGCUGGGGCGGCCGGGCGACCCCUCCGAGACGGGCAGGAGCCAGCCGGCCGGCGUCCCCGCGGAGGUGGACGGCCUCGCCGGCGCCACCGAGAUCGCCUGUGGCUCAGAGCACAACCUGGCCAUAGUGGGGGGCCGCCUGCUGUCCUGGGGCUGGAACGAGCACGGGAUGUGUGGCAACGGCACAGAGGUCAACGUCAGCCAGCCCCAGCCAAUCCCUGCCCUCCGGGGCGCAGGGCCCCUUCUGAUUGGCUGUGGAGCGGGACAUUCCAUGGCCCUCUGCGAGAGGAGGGGAGCUCCAGCUGGGAGACCCUGAGCGGCCUUGAGGAGAGCCCUAGUGGGCUGUACCACGGAGUGCAGGACACCCCCCCACCACCCCGCCCCCCGUCUCUCCUGGCCAGCGCCCAGCAUCCUGGCUGUGCUCAAGGGACCGAUACCUCGGAGAGCCGGGAUGAACUCUGGGAUUUCAUCAGCCUUCCACUUCUGCUUGUGCCUGCUGCAAAUGUAGGCAACCGGAGCCCCUAAUCUCCCCCCGAUGAUACACGAUUGCUGGAGAUGUGAGGUUAAAUAAAUCCCUUGGAAACAAA